AUGACCAUUCUCUUCAUCUUCUUCAUCUUCCUCGUUAUCUCUGAUGGAGCUGCUUCGACCGAGGGCUCGCUCCUCAAGUUCUCGAGCCGAGACGAGCUGGUGGAAAUGGCAGGAUAUGGCGAGAAGAAGGUGUCAACCAUCUUGGUCGUUGGCUCGGUUUUGUGCGUGGCUCGCCUUCCCAGGGAAGCUCAUCAUCAACUUCAUGCUUGGCCAGUCUCCGGUGCUUUAAUUGGUGUAAAAUGUCAAAAAAGCAAGAGCAGGAUCAGAUCAAAUUGGACUCAAGGCUCCACCGAUGAAUUUGGAGACUUCACGAUCGAUCUCCCUUCCCACCUCCAUGCCGUUCCGGACCUGCCCAAGAAAUGCUCCGUUCGACUCCUCCGAGUCCCAAGAAGCUCGACUUGUCGACCGGCUCAUGGUCAUAGGCACAAGAGGUUGAAAUUAGCUUCGGUUCGAGACGGGGUUCGCACUUACAAGGCGGGAAACAUAAGGCUUGUGCUCAUGCAGUCCUCAAGGCUUGCAAAGCAAUAG